AUGCGCAGAAAUGAGCUGAACUAUCAUCUACCCAUUUUUCUUGCACUUUUUUCCGUUCAUAUUCCAUGCACCUAUGCCAGUGGUGAGUUGUUUUUUUCAAUGAAAAUUGAAUGAAACAAGAUAGGAGUGACAUAUUUUUCAAAAAAGAAGAUUAAAGUGGCGCAUUCAUGUUCGUCCACGAGAAGUACACGGCGAGUGGAGUUUUCUAGUCCGCUGGCCGCCAAAUCUCGUUUUGGUGUCCUCGAACGUUGCUUAACGCGUGCCCGGACGCAUCAGAAAUGGGAAAUUCGCUCGAGGUCGACGAGUGGACUGGCGCAAGGAGUCGUGCUCGAGGAGCUGACGGAAGACGACGCUUCGGGGCAUGAAUAGGACACAAAAAACCCGAGAUAUCCGAGUGCCGCACAAAAAAUCGAUAAUCUGCCAAAAUUCCAGGAAUUCGAGACUUUGGAAGCAUGAAUGUUCUUCUCUUUAAAAAUAUGUUACUUUUUUUUAGUGCACGAUACCCUUUAAACAACUGUUUAAUACAGAAAUGGAUUGCAGAAGACGUAGCCUUGCCACCAUCCACUUCCAGUGAAACAUUCCUCACCGAUGACGACUUUUUGAGGCCACUUAACGGUGAGAUUUUUUUAUUUUAAAAGCAAGCCGAAAAACAAAGUAUGACGUUUCACAAUGUUCUGAAAAGAAAGUGCACAUGAGUAGUCAGUAGUCGAUAGACAAGUGAAAAUAACGAUAAAUUUUUCGGAUAGACCAAGUGGGGGGUCUAGAAAAAAAACUUUUUGAAACCGUAAUCUUCCCCCAUUUCUUGUCUCUCUCCCAAACUACAGUAAUCCUUGACUUUGAGAUCGUAACCAAUAAUUUGACUAAAAAAGUUACAACGACACAUUGAAAUAGUGAUAGUAACCCCUAAAGAUCAUGAAAACAUGAAAUGAAAUGGGAUCUGUAGACAAACUUCCGGAUAUUAUGAAUAUUAUCCUCUUCGCCGCCCGGCCUCUCUCCUCUUUUUCGUCUCCAAUUCCAAACUAUUGUCCUGUUCAGUGUCUCGACCGGAAAAAGGCCGAAGACGGACUCAUUGAGCCCCCCAAUUAACACUUGUUUUGUUUGAUUUUCGGCCGCUGUUUGCUCCUCCCGCAUUUCUGUUUGUUCCUCCACUUUUUCAACACUAUAUUGGGUUUCAAUAGCCUCAGAAACAGACAGAAAAAGUUCAGAAAACGGAAUGGGGGGGGGCCAUUUUCCUGCUUUUUUCGUUAUGCUCAUCUGCUCAUCUUUGCAGACGACGAAACAUUUUUGACGGAGACGGAUUUUAGAAACGGCGAGAAAUUGCGGGAGGACGACGUGGCGGCCGGAUCGAUUCUGUGGAGACAAGUGUUCAAAAAGGGGGACAUUCGCGGAAAGGCCGCCUGGAAAUUGGUACGUUUUCAGUUUUUUUUUACUCUACAAUAUCUGUUUCACAUUGUGUAUGAAAUCCUUAUGAAGUAAACGUUCUGAAAACCAUCUCGACAUUAUGAACACUUUGAAACACAUUUUUUAUUGAGUUCAUUUCUAACCCCUAAAAUGACGCGAAACAACGCCAAUUUCACGGCCCUCUUUUUUUGUUGCAAACUUCUAUUUCACAACAUUCAAAUACUUUCACUCAUUUGACACACAAGUACAUCAUUCGGCCGAAAUGUGAGUGUACAAUAUCAUUGUCACUCGCAACCAGACAAACUGACGUUUAUACCCCGGGAAACCGGUUACCACUGGUUUAGGCGCCCCCCUCUUCUUCUUUUUUUUUUGAAAAAAAUGCGGAAAACAGACAAAGGGGCCGAUUUUUUUGGAUUUGUUUAGAUAAACAGACGUCAAUUUGAAACCGCUCGACACUUUUGUUGGGUAACUUUGUCAAUUCUUGAAUUUUAAUCUGAAAAAGUGUCUAUGAACUGUUGAAACCAAUAAAAACUCGAAUAGACCAGGUACAAUUUUAACUUUCAGGACCAGAAGAACGCUGAGAAUCUGCGUCGGAACGGAGUGAUCACGGGAACGAGAAAAUGGCCGAACGGACGCAUUCCCUACGUGAUUUCCAAUCAAUACAACGACAGGGAACGUGCCGUUUUGGCCAGGAGCUUCCAGGUUUUCGUUUCCGCAGUUAUGCAAAUCUGUUGACUUCUGAGCGUGAUUCGUCAAAUGACUAUUCCUGCUGCGCAAUGGAGUAUAAUGAUUUUCUGUAAAACUGAACAAUAUUCAUGUGUUACUUGAAAGUGUAAAGUUUACUGUUCAAGUAGUCAAACUCGCUCAUCCGUUCCGUAAACAUUUACAUAAAAAGAGAACAAAUGAGGGCGCAUUAACAAUAAUGACAAUAUUUGAAGGCGUACCACGAGAAGACGUGCGUCCGAUUCGUGCCCCGAACGGCCGUCGACAACGACUACCUCUACAUUGGCAAAAUCGACGGGUUUGGCCUGAAAAGUUCAAGUUUUACACUGAAAAUCGAGAAGAUUUGCAGAUGCUAUUCGGACGUCGGAAGGGCCGGUGGCAGACAGGAAUUGUCGUUGGACAACGGCUGUUUACAGGUUUCUCUUCUUCACUUUUUUGAGUUUUUGCAACUAUAGUAGCACUUAACGCGAAUAAUUAUGUACCCAAGAAGGAUGUAAGGUGAUCCAAAACCUAGAUAACUUCAAAACAAUUCUUUCCUCGCAUUUUUUUAAGCAUUUUUCAAGUCGAGACCGAAAAGUGAUUGCAGUACGACACGGCGAUCCACGAACUGAUGCACUCGGUCGGCUUCUACCACGAACACGAGCGAUGGGACCGCGACGAGCACAUAACCAUCCUCUGGCACAACAUUGAUCGCGGUCAGACCCCGUUUUUCACUGUUUCAAAAAGUCGUGUUUAGUGAUACACAGUCAGUCAGUUUUAAGUGUUUAAUUCGCUUCCCAUAUUUUUGGGCAAGAAGGCGCAUUGCGGCGCUGGAAAGUUCCGUCCACGACCUUCAUCGAAGCCGCUUCCGAGCGUUUGCUGGGGGGCCUAGGAGUUUUCUGGGCCACGGCCACGACUUUAACUGAGAGUUGAGAAUGUUUCCCAAAAAGAGCACCUGGAAAUUAACGUUUCUAAACUAAAGCCGUACUGAAACGGAAAACAUAUUCUUCAAUGUUUCCCAACAAAUCCUAAAAUACUCUUUCUCGUUUUCAGAAGCGUACGAUCAAUUCGGAAAAGUGGAUUUGGCGGAGAGCUCCUAUUACGGUCAAUUAUACGAUUAUUACUCAAUCAGUCAGUUGCCUGCUUCUAAUUGUUUCGAACAAAUAACGUUUCAGUGCACUACGAUUCGCUCGCGUUCUCCAAAAACGGAUUCGAGACGAUGGUGGCGAAGGCGCCCGAAAUGACGGCCGUUAUCGGCGCGGCCAUCGACUUCAGCCCGGUUCGUGUCAAAUAAACGUUUUCGGGUUACUGUAGUCCAGUGUUUGCACACUUUCAAAUCAGCUACCGUACCCCGUUUCGUCCGAGAAGAAUAGAUGAACAUUGUUUUUUUUCUCAGAUCGACAUUCUUAAAAUGAACCUGAUGUACCAGUGCAGUGACGUGAAAUUACCAAGUGUCUCGGCGAGUACCGUACCACCCGCAGUCGCCCCGCCCCCUUCGGUUACUGUAGUUGACGACGGUCUGUUUUGGUUUACAGUUUCUAGACGCUUUCGAAAUUUCGGAAAUUGUUGUUUUGACUAAUUCGAAGACAGCGAUCACUUCAAACAAAAACUCCAAAGAAGUUGCAGAUUGCCGGGACCGCACGAACCUGUGCUGGCGCUGGAUCGACCGCUGCAAGUCCUUCUUCUUCGAGCAAAUAAUGAAGGAGUUCUGCGCGCUCUCGUGCGGCUACUGUACUCCCAAAGCGCUGCAGACGGCCAAGGCGGCGCCGCCCAACUACAGCUCCACUCUGCUCACCAAAUCGAGCACUUCCUACCUGCAACACGGAUGA